ACCGCUUCAGAGCGUCAGCGACGCAUUAACCACGCCCUCUGUCUGUACUGUGGUUCGGGUGAACAUCUCAUCAGCCAAUGUCCAACUAGACCACCACGCGCUGCGGUGAGUUCCAUUUGUAUUCCUCCCAUGAUUUCUCCGCUAACACGCACUCCAGUGAUGGUCAUAACUGGUUCUCGCUCUGUUCCAGCGUACGCCCUCAUCGACACUGGCUCCUCGGGCAACUUCAUUUCCGUCCAGCUCCUCAAGAGACUCCACCUCCCGAGGCGAAGGUCCCCAAAGAAGUUAGAAAUUCAAACCAUACUAGGGUCUGAUGUCCUGGACAUACCUCCUCCUCCUGAUGUCGCGGAAGAAGAUUCCAUCUACCGCGUCCGAGACAUCCUAAACUCCCGUCGACGUGGUCGCCUCCUGGAGUAUCUCGUGGACUGGGAGGGAUACGGACCUGAAGAACGCACAUGGGUCGCAAGGGAGGACAUUCUGGAUCCAUCCCUCCUCACCCAGUUCCACGAGGCUCAUCCCAACCGCCCAGCCCCUAGGGGUCGAGGCCGACCCCGUCGACGAGUCAUUGGGGCGUCAGGAGCCGCCCAUGGAGGAGGGGGUACUGUCACAGAGUCAUCUGUAACACCUGCCACACCAUCAGACUCUAAUAACCCAAAUCCACUCAUUCGCUCAUUAUCUCCUGAAUACUAAUUCACUACACCUGCACCCGCUCAUCACUUCCAACACUUAAAUACCCUCACGUCCCUUCAUUUAUUGUCUGGUCUCGUCAGAGAAUGUUAGACUCCCUGUCACUCCUGAAAG